AUGCGUACCUCUCGAGCCUCGCAGGAUACGGCCAAGGUUCUGCAGGCCUUGUCAGCUCCUACUCGACGCCAGACGCGAAGCUCCGCUCUCGCCACGGGCGCUCUGAGCAGCUUCGUCUACAAUGGAGACGCCACUGUCAAGACGGAGCAGCUGGAAACGAUAGCGACGACCGCGACUCCGCGUAGUGACGAUGAGUCGUCCCUUUCAUCUGUACACACCGCCGAUAUUGAAGACAUCGCGGACGAUUUCGCACCUCCUUCCAAGCGGCGCAAACCCAAUGCCGCUCCUUAUGUCUCGUCAGCCUCGAACCGCACGCCUCGCAAGGUGAUUGUGAAGAAAGAAAAGGUCGACGAACAAUCCACAUCCACGUCCACGUCCGCGUCCACGUCACUUUCCACAUCUCGACGCAAGUCAAGGGCGAUGGUGAAAAAGGAGGAGCCCGAGGAGGAAUCUGCGGCCCCGUCCAAGACUCGGCGUAUGCCGGCUCGAAAGACCCGAGAUGCAGAUGGAGAAAUCGUGGUUGAGCCGCCUUCGAACUGGGAGAAAAUUUAUAAUAUCGUGAAGAAGAUGCGCGAGGAUAAUCCGACCGCCCCGGUGGAUACCAUGGGCUGUUCAGAUCUGUACUGGCGAGCAUCAUCGCCGCGGGAUCGUCGGUUCCAGACCCUGAUCGCACUGAUGCUUUCAUCUCAAACCAAAGACACCGUUACUGCCGUCGCAAUGCAACGCCUUCAUACCGAACUCUGCAACGAGCAGCAGCCGGAUCGGAUCAAGACGGUUAAAAAGGAAGAGUCGGAAUCUCCGACCCGAGUCAAAAUCAAGCCCGACCCUGACAACUCCUCCACCGUUCUCUCCGUGCCCGAAAAAGACAGUGAUUUAAAUCUGGAAAAUAUCCUCGCCGUCUCCCCGACUCACUUGAACUCGCUGAUUGACAAGGUCGGGUUCCACAAUAACAAAACCAAAUACAUCAAAGCCGCUGCUCUGAUCCUCCGCGACGAAUACAAUGGUGACAUCCCUUCGACACCGGAAGGGCUCAUGCGACUCCCCGGCGUUGGGCCCAAAAUGGCCUAUCUGUGUAUGAGUGCCGCUUGGGGCAAGCAUGAAGGGAUCGGCGUUGACGUGCACGUUCACCGCAUCACGAAUCUAUGGGGAUGGCAUAAGACCAAGACGCCCGAGGAGACGAGAAUUGCGCUCCAGUCCUGGUUACCCAAGGAGAAGUGGCAUGAAAUCAACAAGCUGCUUGUGGGACUCGGUCAAACGGCUUGUCAACCGGUGAAGAGGAGAUGUGGAGAGUGUUAUCUGGCAGGGACCAGGCUUUGCAAGAGCGAGAUCAAGGGGCUGAGUCCGGUCAAGCAGGAGGUGGGGUUGAAAUUGAUUGCAACAUCAAUUAAGGUCUUCCACUUGCCCGACAAGAGCUCCUCCAUCCACCAUCACUGGAAUAGGUGUGGACCCCCUCCAAUCCUCGGUUUCCCCGCGGCGGGGAUAGACCGCCCAACUUUUUAUCCCCGAGCGCGCGCGUCAUUUCAGCAAAUCCCAUUCAUACAGCUCCAUAUUUUGUAUUUUCCCCCUCACAACACAACACGCCCCCUCAAAAACGCACCACUCUACAUCCCUACCACCAUAAACCCACAAAUCGACCAUUUACUUUCCGACGCCUCACGCCCUUUCGAAAAUCCGGCCCCCCAUGGCCCCCGCUCCAACCCCCAUUUCCAUCUCCGCAUUCGCCGAGACCCAGCUCCAGCUCUUGCUCCACGAGCACGAAGCAGAAGUCGCAUCCUCUUCGCUCGCAUCCACCGCGGCGUCUGUGUCCCCUCGACACGACGAACUCUCCAAGCAACAGGCUACGCGCUGACUGGUUUGGUGCUCUCGUCGUGCCGGACGGGUCUGGGCGGUCGUGCGGUGGGUGAAUUCACGCCUGAUCCGGCAAUUGCUUCGACAGGCGGGAAGACGUCGGACGGUGGUGGUGGGGAUUCACGGACCUCGGACGGUCAGCCGCGAUUGGGAUCGCAUGGAAUUCGAGUGGGAGAUGUUGUUCGCGUGAACGAUGUGUCUGGUGGAUCGGCGAAGAAAGCGGGUAAGGACAAGGAGAAGGGGAAAGAUGGAGAGAAGGGUGGUCCGGAGGGGGUGGUGACCAGAGUGAGUGAUAAGGCUAUUUGGAUAGCGUUUGGGCAGAGAGGUGGGGGUGGACGGUCCAAGGAGGAGGAUGAGGCUAUUGAAGAGUUGUGGGGGAAGAAGCUUUGGGCGAUCAAGCUUGCGAAUGAUGUCACUUAUAGACGAAUGAGGCAGACGAUGGACAAGAUGGUCAAGAUGACUGAAGCGGACCAUUCACAUUUUAUGCGGGUUGCUUUCGGCCAUACGACCCCUUUACAACCAGACUAUGAAAGCGUUGGAGAAGUCGAAUUCACUGACUCGUCUUUGAACGAUUCGCAAAAGGAUGCGAUUCGAUUCGCUCUGGCCGCCAAGGAUAUUGCUCUGAUUCACGGUCCGCCAGGUACCGGCAAGACCCAUACCCUCAUUGAACUCAUCAUGCAGAUGAUUCAGCGAAAAAAGAGAAUCCUCGUGUGCGGGCCCUCGAAUAUAUCGGUGGAUAACAUUGUCGAGCGUCUCGCUCCACGAAAAGUGCCCGUGGUCCGAAUCGGCCAUCCGGCUCGCCUUCUCCCCUCGGUGAUGGAGCAUUCUCUAGAAGUUCUCACCCAAACUUCGGACGCGGCUAGUAUUGUCAAAGACGUUCGAAAAGAGAUGGAUGAAAAGCAAUCAAGUAUUCGGAAGACAAGGACGGGGCGCGAACGUCGGGCUAUCUACGAUGAUCUGAAGCUGCUACGGAAGGAAUAUCGCGAGCGCGAAUCCAAGUGCGUCGAGAAUCUCGUGCGUGAGAGCAGCGUGGUCGUGGCAACCCUUCACGGUGCCGGAGGUCAUCAAUUGAAGAAUCAGAAAUUCGACGUCGUGAUCAUCGAUGAGGCCAGUCAAGCUCUUGAGGCGCAGUGCUGGAUCUCCCUGCUAUCCGCAGACAAGGUAGUCCUCGCGGGCGACCACUUGCAGUUGCCUCCGACGGUCAAAUCCGCCAAGGUGAAUGCCAGAGAACAAGACAAUAAAGCCUUGGGGAAGGGGGAUCCGGCAAAUGUUGACCACAAAGAGAUCCUACGUGGGGCCUCGCUGGAGCGGACCCUCUUCGAUCGCCUGUUGGCGCUACACGGGCCGGGGAUCAAGCGGAUGCUGACGACUCAAUAUCGAAUGCACGAAAUGAUCAUGCGCUUUCCUUCGGAUGAACUCUACGAGGCUAAGCUAAUCGCCGCUGAUGCGGUCAAGGAUCGAUUGCUGGCAGACCUUCCGUACGAAAUCCAAGACACCGAUGAUACCCAGGAGCCACUCGUCUUCUGGGACACACAGGGUGGUGAUUUUCCGGAAAAGACAGAGGACAGUGAUGUUGGGAAGAAAGAGGCUUUACUGGGAGAUAGUAAAAGCAACGAGAUGGAAGCACUGGUGGUUGCCCGCCAUGUGGACACGUUGAUCACUGCGGGGGUUCGCGCGGAGGACAUUGCCGUGAUCACGCCUUACAAUGGCCAACUGGCCCUUCUAUCACAGAUGCUGCGCGAAAAAUACCCCGGUCUGGAACUGGGUAGCGUUGACGGCUUCCAAGGUCGCGAGAAGGAAGCUGUGGUCGUGAGUCUCGUGCGGAGUAACCCAGAGCACGAGGUCGGGUUUCUGGGCGAGAAACGUCGGUUGAACGGUGAGUCCAUGCGGUGCUGGGGAACCCCCUCACUCUGUUGCGAUCUUUCAUUCCUAUUGGCAGCGGCAACCUAUUUUGGUCAAUCGCGGUUUGAGAUAGAUGAACACGGCUAA